AUGGUAAACAAUAUUAAUAAAUGGCCAUUAGUAAUAAUUAAUUAUAAUGGAUCACACUAUAAAGUUAUUACUGAAUUUGAAUAUGAUAAAAAUAUGAACGAGUCCUAUUGCUUUGAAUCAGAAUUGGACUUUAAUGAUUUAUGUAUUGAAGAAAAUGAUAAACUUCGUGGGAUAUUUAAACUUAAAGAAAAAAGUAAAAAUAAACAUAGUAUAAUUGAAGAUGUUGAAGAAGUUAAUAAUGAUAAUGGUAAUUUUUAUGGUAAUAAUUACAACUUACGAUCACGAAGCAAGAAAACAUAUUUCUUAUCAAAUGAAUCAGAUGAUUCUGAUAUAAUAGAAACUGAUAUAAAUUAUGAUCCAAUAAUUUAUGAAUUAAAUAAAAUUAGGCAAACAAUAUUACCUACCACAAAUAAUAAUGAUCAAAUCAAAUAUAGUAAAUAUGUCAAUUAUACAUAUGAUGAUAGCAUGCUUUCUAAAAAAAUAAGAAAACAAAAAAAAACACAUCAGCGACGAAAAAAUUUAAUAUAA